AAGGCCCCAAAACCUCUUCUUCUUCUCUGCCUCUUUCACUGCAAUUUCUCUCUUUCGCUUCUAAAAAAACCCUAACAACUUCUUUUCUCUUCCACGCUCAACAACAAUGGAGUUCUGGGGAAUUGAAGUGAAACCAGGGAAGCCUACUAAGGUGACUCCUGAAGAAGACAGCCUUGUCCACAUUUCUCAGGCUUCACUUGACUGCAAAGUGAAAUCUGGAGAAUCUGUGGUUUUGACUGUCACUGUUGAUGGGACUAAGCUUGUUAUUGGAACACUUUCACAAGAGAAGUUCCCUCAGAUUAGCUUUGAUUUGGUCUUUGAGAGAGAGUUUGAGAUUUCCCACAAUGGUACCAAAGGAACCGUCCACUUCGUUGGCUACAGAUCCCCCAACAUUGACCAGGAUGAUGGUGAGGACUACACUAGUUCAGAAGAGGAGGAUGUUCCUGAAGCUGUUCCUGCCCCUGUUCCUGCUGCUGUUGCUGUCAAUGGAAGUGCUGGAGCAGCUGCUUCGAAUGUUGUUAAGGCUGACUCAAAGCCAAAGGCCAAGCCUGCAGAAGUGAAGCCUGCAGAAGUGAAGCCUGAAUCAGAAGAUGAUGAGGAUUCCUCUGACGAGGAAGAUGAGUCUGCUGAUGAUGAUGACUCUGAGAAAGGAAUGGAUGUUGACGAGGAUGAUUCAGAUGAUGAGGAGGAUGAAUCAGAGGAAGAAGAAGAAGAGACUCCCAAGAAGCCCGAGCCAAUCAACAAGAAGAGGCCUAAUGAAUCUACAUCCAAAACACCUGUCUCGGGAAAGAAGGCAAAACCAGCAGCAGCACCAGCAGCUACUCCUCAGAAGACAGAAGAGAAGAAGAAAGGAGGACACACAGCCACACCACACCCAGCUAAGAAGAGUGGAAAGUCUCCUGUGAAUGCUAACCAGAGCCCCAAGGCUGGAGGUCAAUCAUCCGGUGGUAACAAGAAAUUCAAUUCGGGCAAACAAUUUGGUGGUUCUAACAACAAGAGCAAGGGCAAGGGUAGAGCUUAAUGAGGAGGUGGAUAUCAAGGAGAGGUGUUUUUGAGUAUUAGAUGGUGAAACAAGUCUUGAAGGGUGCUUUUGGAUUAUUAUCUUAUUUUAUCUUAAAACUUUUUAUCGGAAGAGCUAUUUUGAGUAUUGCAGUUGCUACUUUCCUAUGUAAUUCAGUAUAUGAAUAUUGCUGAUAUGAGAAAGAAGACUCGAAUUGCAACCA